AUGGGUGUCCUUCAAACCCUCAACGCUCAUGGGAACAUGAACCUGACCCCUUCCACUCUUGAUGUCCUCAAGCUCUCCGUCAUCGGCAUAGUUGCCAUACCCAUCCUCUGGAUCCUGGUCGACUAUGUCAAAGUCCUCCGUCUGCGUCGAAAGAUGCCUCCCGGACCCUUCCCCCUUCCCCUCUUCGGCAACUUCUUCGCCAUCGAGAAGUACAAGCCGUGGCUCCAAUUCGAAAGAUGGGCCAAGCAGUACAAUGACCCGAUGAUCACGAUCUGGCAAGGUCAUCGACCAACUAUCAUGUGCAAUGAUAUCUGGACGAUCUCAGAUUUGCUCGACAAGAAAGCGAGCAUCUACUCGAGUCGUCCUCACAUGAUUGCGAUGGGCGACAUGGUCGACGGCACAGAAAACAACCAGGUCUGCCUUGUCUAUGGCGACCGCUGGCGUCUGCACAGACGACUCAUGCACACCGCCGUCGGGACCCAGGCAGUCCGGCCACUUCGCCACAUCCAAGCCAAUGAAUCGAAGAUCCUGGUCCGAGACCUCAUGGACAAGCCUGAUGAUUUCGUCCUGUCGAUCGAGCGGUACUCCACAUCGGUCGUUUCCAUCAUCGGUUGGGGUAGACGUAUUGACAAGAUCAACGACUACGUUGGCCAAUUGGCCCUGCAAGUCAUGGAAGGUGUCGACCUGAUCAUUCCUGGUCUAUUCAUCGUGGAGUCCAUCCCCUUGCUGGCCCGUCUCCCAAAGCUGCUGAACUGGCUGUAUCCCUGGCCGCGGGCAACACUUGAUAUGUCAAGACAUAUGCAGCGGUACUUCGCUGCACUGUCCAAGGAAGGCGCCCAAAUGCCAGAAGACAACUUCGUCAAACGGCUGUACAAGGAGCAAGACCAAAGCGGUCUGAGUGAUGCGGAAAUCGCCACGCUGACCUCGAACCUGAUCGGUGGAGGCGUCGACACUACCAGCGGCACCACGAUAGCCUUCAUUCUGGCUAUGUGCGUCUUCCGCGACGUGCAGCAAAAGGCCCACGAAGAGCUGGACAGCGUGGUCGGCCAGAACAGAGUGCCCGAUUGGGCCGACGAGAGCUCCUUGCCCUACGUCAAGGCCAUCAUCAGCGAAGUGCUCCGAUGGAGAACCGUCACGAUUUUGGGCGGCAUUCCACACGCACCGAUCCAAGACGACGAGUAUCGUGGGUAUUUCAUCCCCAAAGGCACCGCCAUCACGGGCAACGUGUGGGCCAUCCACCGCAAUCCCCGCGAGUUCCCGGACCCGGAUACCUUCAGGCCAGAGCGGUACUAUGGCGGUCGUCUGGAGCGGCCGUACCCGAAUAAGCAGGGCCACAACGCCUUUGGCUGGGGUCGUCGGGCGUGCAGUGGUCAGCCAUUGGCUGAACAGGGUCUGUUCAUGACCAUCGCCACACUGUUGUGGGCGUUUGAUAUGCGGCCUGGGUUGGAUGAGAAUGGCAAUGAACUCAAGCUCGACACCAGCAUCGAUGCGUUCACCAAGAGCGAGAAUAUGAGGCCCGAACCGUUCAAGGCACGCUUCAUCCCGAGGUCGAAGGAGGUGGAGCAGAUUAUUCGCGACGAGGCCACUCGUGCAAGGAGGGAAUUGACUGUGUUUGAUGGCGAGACUAGAUUGACCAUGGAGAAUGUGCCUUGA